AUGAGCCAACAGAAAUUGUCGCCGUGGAAUAGCGUUGUGUCGGGCACUACGGCAGCUGUUCUUGCAAAUACCCUUGUAUACCCGUUGGAAUUCAGAGUCAAAACCCGGCUACAAGUGCAAGUCCAGAAACAACAAAGGCAUAUUUCAGAUAAUGACGCCAAGGCUGAUCCAGAUGGCAACAAUGGUGCCCUAUACAACAACGCGCUGGACGCAAUCUUUCAGAUUGUCCAAGAGGAGGGCAUCGCCGGUUUAUACAGUGGACUCGGGAGCUCUAUUACAAGCACGGCAUUCAUGAACUUUACAUAUUUCUACUGGACAGCAACCGCGCGCAACGUGCAUCAGUCCACCCUCCAGUCGUUCGGGCUUUCCGACUCAAGUAGCAUCGUCAAGGAAUUGGGCCUUAAUGCGACUCGCAAUUAUUACUCUGAGAAGCUCCCCCUGUGGGAGACAAUGAAGGAUAUAGUGCAGAGCGAGGAUGGAUGGACUGGGUUGUGGAGGGGGUUCAAAGUUAACCUCAUCCUGGUCGUCAAUCCCAUGAUUACAUAUGGCUUCUAUCAGUGGCUGAGGGGAAGGUUGAAGAAGGCGAGGGAACUUGGAGCGCUUGACACAUUUUUACUCGGGGCCUGCUCCAAGUUGUUGGCCACGGUCGUCACCCACCCUCUCAUAGUCGCCAAAACUAUGCUCCAGUCCGAGGCACCUGAGAGUCGAAAGGGAAAGUCUUUCACCGGAUUCACCGAGAUUCUAGCUUAUAUUAUAAGGAAUGAAGGACUGUUACGGCUCUAUAAGGGCCUUGCGCCGCAAAUCAUCAAGGGGUUGCUGGUUCAGGGAUUAAUGAUGCUACUGAAAGAACGAACUGAACUUCUCAUGAUGGCCCUUUCUCUACACGGAAAAUGCUUAUCCACCAGUCAUCCUAAAGGAACUAUUGGAUAA